AUGGGGAACUUGCUGGGCUCAUUUAACGCUCGAAAUGUAAAUCUUAAUAUGGACGAUAAACCAACUUUUGAUCCUCAAGAAGGUUUCUCUUACGAACGAAAACCUCGAGAAAUGAUCGCCAAAGAGGAGGAUCUCAUAUCAGCCAGAAUUCCCCCGAAGUAUAGAGAUUAUUGUGCUCAUCACUUACUAGAAUACCAGGUUUGCCGUUAUAAGAAUGUGCCUCUUAUGUACAAAUGCGCACAUGAAAAGCAUGCCUACCUGAAUUGUGAACAUCAAGAUUAUGUGAUGAGAAUGAAAGAAUUUGAACGUGAGCGCCGCCUCAGAGUUAGAGAAAACCGAUUGAUUGGUGUUGCUUAA